CGCUGCCGCCGACUCCCUCUGGCCCUCAGUGCGGUGCGCGCUUGCGCUGGCCCUCAGCUCCGAGCAGCCAUGAUGGAAGGCCUGGACGACGGCCCCGACUUCCUCUCAGAGGAGGACCGCGGACUUAAAGCAAUAAAUGUAGAUCUUCAAAGUGAUGCUGCUCUGCAGGUGGACAUUUCUGAUGCUCUUAGUGAACGAGAUAAAGUAAAAUUCACUGUUCACACAAAGAGUUCAUUGCCAAAUUUUAAACAAAAUGAGUUUUCCGUUGUUCGACAGCAUGAGGAAUUUAUCUGGCUUCAUGAUUCCUUCGUUGAAAAUGAAGACUAUGCAGGUUACAUUAUCCCACCAGCACCACCAAGACCUGAUUUUGAUGCUUCAAGGGAAAAACUACAGAAGCUGGGAGAAGGAGAAGGGUCCAUGACAAAGGAGGAAUUCACAAAGAUGAAACAGGAACUGGAAGCUGAAUAUUUGGCAAUAUUCAAGAAGACUGUUGCAAUGCAUGAGGUAUUCCUGUGUCGUGUGGCAGCACAUCCUAUUUUGAGGAAAGAUUUAAAUUUCCAUGUCUUCUUGGAAUAUAAUCAAGAUUUGAGUGUGCGAGGGAAAAAUAAAAAAGAGAAACUUGAAGAUUUCUUUAAAAACAUGGUUAAAUCAGCAGAUGGAGUAAUUGUUUCAGGAGUAAAGGAUGUGGAUGAUUUCUUUGAGCAUGAACGAACAUUCCUUCUAGAAUAUCAUAACCGAGUUAAGGAUGCCUCUGCUAAAUCUGAUAGGAUGACAAGAUCCCACAAAAGUGCUGCAGAUGAUUACAAUAGAAUUGGUUCUUCACUAUAUGCUUUAGGAACUCAGGAUUCUACAGAUAUAUGCAAGUUUUUUCUCAAAGUUUCAGAACUGUUUGAUAAAACGAGAAUCAAGAAACAGAACAUUACCAGCAACCCAGAUGCCUUGCCCCACCUUCAGCUGCCUUCUGAGUCACCACCUCCUGCAAUGAAAAUAGAAGCACGAGUAUCUGCUGAUGAAGACCUCAAACUUUCUGAUCUUUUAAAAUAUUACUUAAGAGAAUCUCAAGCUGCUAAGGAUCUCCUUUAUCGAAGAUCUAGGUCAUUAGUGGAUUAUGAAAAUGCUAAUAAAGCAUUGGAUAAAGCAAGAGCAAAAAAUAAAGAUGUUCUGCAGGCUGAAACAUCCCAACAAUUAUGUUGUCAGAAAUUUGAAAAAAUAUCUGAAUCUGCGAAACAAGAACUCAUAGAUUUUAAGACAAGAAGAGUUGCUGCAUUCAGAAAAAAUUUAGUGGAACUGGCAGAGUUAGAACUGAAGCAUGCAAAGGGUAACCUACAGUUGCUGCAGAACUGCCUGGCAGUGUUAAAUGGAGACACAUAAGCCACACUCCACCUUCUGGUUAAAAAGGGCUGCCUUCCUUCAGAUUGUAUUUUUGUUUUCUUAAUGACGUUAGGCAUUUAUUGCUCACUGAAAACAAGAGAAACAGCUGACAAAGUGCAUCUACUCUCCUUUCUUUUGAGAAACAAUGGAGCGGUGCCGUCCACAGGUGUGCCAGUCUGGUGAAGGCCGCACUCCUGCACCUGCGUGCUCCCAGGGCAGUUGUCAUUCCUCGUGCGCUCCUCCUCAAAAGCCCAAAGUUAAGUCUUUUUUAAAGUAGCCUCUAUAACUUUAUUUUAUGAAUAGUAUUCCUUAUGGCUGCCAAUCUUAUUUACCUUUAAGUAAUUUCUGAAGUUUAACCCUUUCAAAAAUAUAUUCUUCAAACAAGAUGAAGAUUGCCAUUACCUUUUUGAAUUUUGUUUUUAAAAAAACAUUGUAUACCAUGUUAGCUCAUUCAUGUAUCCUGGUAAAGCAUUAAUCAGACUUAUUUUUAAUUAAUGAAUAUUUCUUAGAAGUUUUGGGACACACUUUAUGUAAUCUUUCUAAGUAUGAUUUCUGAAAAAAAGCAAAUGCAUUAGUAUGUUUGCCUUAAACUUGUAGACUAAACCAACUAUUGUCAAAUAAACAGUGAUAACAGUGAUGGUUUUUAAUUCUGUGGUCAUUGUAUCACUCUAAAACCUGGAGUAGCCAUAAAAAUCUACUCCUAUAUAAUGCUAGACAGAGCAGGUCUUAAUUUUUCUUCCUUUAAAGUAGCAUAGUGAACCAAGUUCACCAAUCCCUUUUCAAAAGAAUGAACUGCUUCUCUGCUUUUAGCACUUCAUAGAAAAUGAAAUUGGGCAGAGGCAGGUUAGGAACUAUUUCUAAAAUGCAGGAGCUAAGAAUAUGGUCUGUUAUGGUUUCCUGGAUUCAUCCCUAGCUCAGCCAAUUAACCAUGUGACAUGACAUUGAGCUACUUAGUAUGUAGAGAGAAAGAGGGCUGCUACAGAGAACAACAGCACUUGACAUGGGGAAAAUACUGCAAUAUUUGGCAUAAAAGGGUACAAAAGGAUACUAAUUAUCAGUAGCUAUAUUCCAAAUAUUGGCCUUUCUAAUGUGAAUGAACAUUAUGUAAUACCUAGUUUAAAAUUAGAUUGAGUGGUUGAAUUUUUCUACUGUCUUUUUCUAAUUUUUAUCCCGUUUGGAAACCACAGGCAUUUGGGUUGGUCACCCCUCAGGUGGGUUCUUAGUUUGCGUCUUCCCAAACCCUUCUGAAGAAGGCCUGGCCUACCAGCCUAGUCAAGGUGAUUCCAGCCUUCCUCUGCAGCAUGUUCUCUUGCCUCACUGCUGUGCUGGUUAAUGUUUCUCUCUCUCUAAUGUUUCCCGAUGCCCUUUGAACUGUUGAUUUUUCUGUUGGCUGAGAGAUGUGUGUUUUGUCCUUCAUGUCACCUUCACUGGUGAAAAUGGACCCAUGUGAUGUUCGUCAGUGGGUGAACGUGGGACAGAGAGCCCUAGCUUCUGGAUUCGGUACACUUCCUUCACCCGCUGCCCUUGGCCUCAGGCAGGUUCACUUGACCUCUCUCUGCCUCAGUUUCUCUGCUAUAAAUGACAUGUUGACCUACCUCACAGGGGUGUUGUGAGGAUUAAUAAAUGUUGGUACAGUGCUUUGGAAAUUGAA